CCUUAGCUCGCAUAAAGUAAGUGGAGACGUCCUAAAAAUGCCCCUCCAGACCUGAAUGGCCUCACUUCUUUUCUCUAUCCCGUAACCAUCGUCUUAACAAUAACAAUAAAUUUCUUUCCCUUUCUCCCCAAGAACAUCGUCAUCUUGGUUUGAAAUAUUCCCACGCUAAUCGCCAUAUUUCGUAAGGAAUACUUGAUAAACCUCUCGUCACUUUUUUUUUAUUCGGUCAACCAGCUAUUACCUUCAAGAUGGCUCAAAAUCCGGAAGAAGUCGCGUCUAUGUUCGUGCAGUACUACUACAACCAGUUCGACCAAGACCGAGCCGGUUUAGCAAGCCUCUACCGUGAGGCUUCCAUGCUGACUUUCGAGUCCGCCUCCUUCCAGGGCACUCAGUCCAUCAUCGAGAAGCUACAGGGCCUGCCUUUCCAGCAGAUCAAACACCAGGUUUCCACCAUCGACCUCCAGCCUGGUGUCGCUCCCGGCCACAUUCUGGUCCUCGUGACCGGUCAGCUUCUGGUGGACGAGGAACAACGACCCAUGAGCUACACUCAAUCUUUCUACCUAGUCCCCGACAACGCUCAGUACUACGUCCACAACGACAUCUUCAAGCUCGUCUACGGUUAGACAUGGGAUCGGACUAUGCAGGUUCAACGGGCUCCAGGGCCGGAAUGUGCUGGGUGUGUGAUUAUCAAGUUGCACACACUCGUGGGGGAUAGUUGUUUGCCAUAGACUACCUACCUAUCUACUUGCAGAGUUGCGUUAGGGACGUCAUUUCCUAUCAACAGUGACUUGUUCAUUUUCAGAUAGGUCAUACAGAGGUUAAUUUAUUUCACGAUGACUUCGCAUCCAUUCAGAUUCAGUUAUUACUAGUAACACCACCAACCCGUAUUUCCUAUAUUGUCGGCUAGGAUCUUUCACCUUUCAGCCUGACCAAUUCAUUCCCCAAGGCUACAUCUUCAGGUGCUACCUAGUGUGCUACACAGUUGAUUUAGUACGGUGAUAUACCCGAGGAUACAUACG